GUAGAAUCGACUCUGGAAGUGACUCCAUUGAUUACUAUGACUGAAUCGGACUCGACUCCAAACUUUACGGAAUCGAGCAGCCCUGGCCCUUUCCAACAUGGCCGACACAUUGUCGUAUCACGACAGUUAGCAGUCCAGGGUCUACUAUUUUGAAAUCCACAGCGCGUCAUUCCGCUUACUUUUCCGCCAUGAUUUGAACUGUCGGUGAUUAUUUGGAGGCGGUUAGGUUUUGGUAACAUUAUUUAACUAUUAGCAAGUAAUAAUGUGGCUAAGAAAUCGUUCGUGUGGUGUUUGUGAAGGCCGAUGUUAAUGCUGAAAGGUAACUACAGGUGAGGUGAGUAGGGGCUGCAGCUCUCCUGUGGGUUGCUGGGGAGGCAGAAGUGAUUGAACCGAUGUCACUCCCGCCGGAGAAAGCUUCUGAACUCAGACAGAUCAUCCAGGAUCACCUGAGGAAGAUGGACAUCCAGGGGAAGAUUCGUGAGCUGGUUGCAGAGGCAGUGAGGUGUGAGGGGGACCGGGGAGAGGGGCCACUGUCUGAGGAGGACCUGCUGACCGCCCUGCAGCACAGGGGCAUCGUGGAGGACGCCAUGAAGCAGCUCACUUUUACUCAUUCAGGACUUUCCCAAACAGAGGUAGAGGAUCUGAACACGUCUCCAGCUCGUGUAACUGAGAAGGGCAUUACGGAGCUUAAAACAGCCAGUAUCAGUCCGCUGAGGAGAUACUUGUACCUGCAGGUUCUGGGGGGAAAGGCCUUCCUUGAGCACCUGCAGGAGCCAGAGCCUUUACCUGGUCAGGUGUGUUCUACCUUCACACUCUACCUUCACUUCCGCAACCAGCGCUUUCACUCCAAACCUGUGCCCUGUGCCUGUGAACCAGACUUACAGGAAGGCUUUCUUCUAGAAGUACACAGAGAUGGUCCAGGUGAUGCCAGUAAAAUGGCUGAUGCCACCACCAUGUUGUCCUUUUGUGACCCGGUGCACAUGGUGUUGAUUAGGACAGACACUGCAGGAGACACGACACUCAUCUCUUCUUAUUUCUUGGACUGGCGCUCUGUCCUCAGUGCCCCCAAUGGAAAGACGUCAGUGUCUGUGGAGCUGCUGGGUGUAGGCAGUGAGUGUAAAGUCCCUGCUGGUGUUCUUAACCUCAAGCUGGAAGUAUAUCCUCCCCUCAGUGAAACUCUGAGCCCUGAAGUCAUCAGCACACAGCGAUCACUGGAGCGCCAAAAGACCGCAGAGAGAGAGCGUUUGUUUCUGGUCUAUGCUAAGCAGUGGUGGAGGGAGUUCUUAGAAAUACGACCUUCUCACCAAUCCAAGCUGGUCAAGAUCUUUGCUCAAGAUGAGAAUGGUGUGAACCGACCGGUGUGUUCAUACGUACGUGUGUUGCGUGCUGGCCGGCUGUUGGAAAGUCCACGGCAGGCGGCUCGCUUUGUGAGUCUGCUGGCUCAGGAGAGGGCACCUGUACUGGGGGGAGGAACACGUCAUGAGCAGUGGUGCACCAUGAUGGCGUUCCUCUGUAGGAACAAGGGUGAUUGUGAGGACCACGCAACACUGCUGUGUAGUCUGCUGCUGGGCUUUGGCCUGGAUGCUUAUGUGUGUGUGGGCACUAAAGCCAAAAACACCCCCCACACCUGGGUGAUGACUUGUGGUACUGAUGGUACUGUUACUUUCUGGGAGAGUCAGACAGCACACAGGUACCUACAUCAGCCCAUAGACCCUGAGGCUCCUCCGCUAGUUCCUCAGCCCAAACCCACCUACCCUUACCGCACAAUUGGUUGUGUUUUCAACCACAAGACUUUCUUGGCUAACUGCCAGCCUUCAGACUCUGUGGAGUUGUGCGUGUUUGAUUUCACAGAUGCGUCUCGCUGGAAAGCUAUGAGUGAAGAGGCAGUUUGUUCAGUUUGUACCCCAGGUCCCACAUCCUCUCUUCUUCCUACUCCUCCACUCUGUCCUUCCUCAGUACAGGCCAGCGACGCCAGCAACCAGCUAGAGCUUGAACUACGCUACUUGGUUACCGAGCACAGGAAGGAUAUUGGUCUGGCUACAGUGUGGGAUGAUCACCUGUCAUAUCUGCUCUCGUCUGCUCUGGCAGCUUAUGAGCUGGAGCGCUGUACGGGCAUGUCAUGUGGAAAUGAGGAGUUUCAGGAUGCUGUUCGGAGAGCUGUACCUGAUGGACACACAUUUAAAGGCUUUCCUAUUCAGUUUUUACACCGUAAUGCACGCAGAGCUUUUGCUACCUGCCUCAGGUCACCGUUCUGUGAAGAGGUUGUGUCUUGUCGAGGAGAUCAUGUCCGUCUGGCGGUGCGGGUGCGCGUGUUUCCCUACCUCGAGUCAGCUUGUGCUGUCUGGAUCAUGUUCGCCUGCAAGUAUAGAUCAGUGCUGUGAACAGCUGUUGACAGUGUGUGUGUGUUUAAAAUGAUAGUAGUAUGCGAUUUUGUUGGUAUUUUGUCUCCAUAGAAACAUUGGCAUUAUUUUGGUAUUAUUUAUCUAUGUUCAUACAAAAGCCAAAGGAAAUAGUCCAUGAAUAUUAUGACUGUGUGUUUGUGUUAUGCUUUUUUUAAUAUCUUAAUAUGUGCUUGUAUUAAAAACCUGUGACUUCCCAAUGAC